AUUGACCCCACAGACCGCGUUGCAUUCGGGGUUUCCACCGCUCUACCAGCGAGUACUUCGCUCCCGCGUCCGCCACCGGGCAUCGGCUGCUGUUGUCUCUCGGUCGAAAAUCCCCCAGCAGCAACGAACUCGACGCAGAUGUUGUCUAAGCUCUUCACAGUCACUCUCGGCGCGCUGUCCUUCAUCACGGACGGCGCUGUGCCUUCGUGUCAGAACCAAGGACAGCGGCAGCGGCCAGCGCUUUCCAGGCUUCAAGCCGCCCAGGUGGGACCUAGUGUGACUCCGAAACCUGGGACCUAUGUCAUCCAAAGCACGAGCUUCGGCUCCGCGCAAAUCCGCACAUACAGCGUUGGGCAGCCGCUCUUCGCAAGCCUCACUCGCGAGUUUCCGGGCGAUUUCGGGACGUUCGAACUGGCCCCGAUUGAGGGCUCGGAUACCGAGUUCGGGCUCAAGAACGUCGGACAGAGCGCUUCCGUCGUCAUCGAUGGUGAUAAUAAAUUCGUGACAACGACGACGGAUUCCGACCCGCAAGGUUUCACUCUUGAGAGCACCGAGACAGAGAACUACUUCAUUGUCCGCACGACUGACGGCACCGACCGCGUCUGGACGCUCAACCCUGAAGAGGGCCCCGUAGUGCAACGGAUCAUCCUCGCGCCUCAGGAUGACGACGAACUGGUAAAUGCUCAGCGCUUCCAAUUCAAUCUCUUGAGCGACUGGGUGGCCAGCGAUGGUCACUCCGCUCAAGCCACGCUCGCGCUGAGCAAGCCCCACGCCUCCGACGCUUCUUCCAUUUCUCCCGGCAUUUACAUGAUCUAUGACUCGUUCGUGUACAGCUUGGUGCGCAGCUACGCUGUUGGACAGGAUAUUUUCGCCGCCGCCACGCGAGAGUUCCCUGGAGACUUUGGUAUCUGGACCGUUGCAGGCGACGACGAGGCGGGGUACACCAUCACAAACGUCGGGCUCGAUAUGCCUGUGGUCGUCACCUCGGCGAAAACGCUUUCCACGGAGCUCGGUGGAACCCCUGCCAAGUUUACUUUCGCGAAGCGAGGAGACAAAGGCAACGUCGCCGUGACAUCGAUCUCUAAUGAUGGCGUUUGGGAAAUGGAUAAAGGCCUGGGUCCCGCCCGAGCGAGAGUCCAAAUUCGGCCGGAGGAUACCCAGUCGUCUCUGCAGGAGUUCAAUCUCGUACGGUAUUAUCAAUGAACGAUCUGCAGAUCCUCAACCGACAUGCACCGUCUGUAAUCCUCUGUAACAAUUUGCAUGAUGAUUUUGUGAACUUUUUCUCUUGAGCAA